AUGCUGCUGGAGGUGGAAGACGAGACACGCGAUUUUAUAACCGUAUAUAAGAAGGAUUUCCCAACGAAAAAAACCGAUAGACGGAAAGAAUACAGGCCACCACUUAACUAUCUUCCACCGUUGAAUAUUUUGAACGGUCCUUAUAAGAGGUGCUUGAAUACGCAACGACAAAAUGCGAUUUUACCUUUAAGCGAACAGAGCGAGGAUCCCCAAGAGACUUUGAACAGAAUUCGCGACGAACAUUCACGUUUAAGAAGAUUUUUACCAGAAGUUGUACCAGAUGAAGAUCUGAUCGAGCGGAAAGAAAAUGAAGUUAAACAAACUAUAUAUCAAUUGGAUUAUUCAAAAGGUGAUUAUUCACCACGUGUGAAAAUAUACGGAAGAGAAAAAGAUAUUCAGUUGCCGGAAUAUUGGAUUAUAUCGGAAACAAUUCAAAAGAAAUCCUAUAAGAACCCGUGGCAAAUUGCAACGGAAGAUUUGUUACGCGUAAAAAGAGCAAUAAAGCCUCCAGACAAUUUGACACCGAAUAUAAAGGAAAGAGAAAUUCUUCGUAUCAGAACCGGAGAUUCAGAAUACGAUGCCACAAUAGAUGCUGUAGGAAAUCGAGUGAUAAAAAGACGUCUAUUUGGACCACCUUUACCAAUCGAACCAAAAAUAUACAGUAAAGGACCUGAUAGUCCACCAUCUGAAUGUUCUAAAAUUUUAGCAGAAAAGAAACUUGUACUUCCAUCUAGUAUUUUUUAG